CAAACGACCGGCGGAGUCAUCUUCGCUCCCAGCAUCAAUGAUCUGCCCUUAAGCAGAACAUUUGGCUAUCUUUACGCUCCCACGAUCAUAGCUGUGGUCUAUGGUCUUCUCUGGAGUUGGAUCGAUCUUGACAUCAAGCGUAUGGAACCAUAUUAUCAGCUUUGCAACACUCGCGGCGCUUUGGCGGAGGAUAGUCUGCUAUUGCAAUAUCCAUUCGAUUUUGUUGCUUUGAUACCAUUUCAAGCUGCUAGACGAAAACAUUGGUCUGUCUUGACAGCUGCGCUCGCUGGUGUUGUCGUCCUUUGGACUUUGACACCUCUACAAGCUGGCAUUUUCGCGACCGAGGACGGAGUAGUCACGACUACUAUUCCAUGUCUCACAUCGACAUCAUACUAUCCUACUUCCAAUCAAACCGAACUCUCUGCCAUAUAUGCACAACACGCGUACAACAUUGCUUGGUUGAAUGAGACACUACCGCCAUACAGUACGACCGAUUUUGUGCUUGAUGCCUUUGCGCCUGCCAAAUCCUAUGCCAUACAUGGUGACGAAGUCUGGAACGGAGUUACAAAGCAGUAUGGUGUCGAUGUUGUUUGCGAACCUACCAUAAAUUACAUUAGCAAACCGGACUCUGAUAACCCAAGCACCAAAUACAACAGUAGCAGCGGCUGCAGCUAUGGACUGCCUGUGAAGACUGGUACAAGCAACGAUACUAGCAAGGUUCUCGAAGCCAUGUAUGUUGGAUACUCAGAUCAGAAUGGCAUGGCAGACUGGUACCUUGAGGGUUACUGUCCAAAGAAAGCCAAUCAUACGUUCUUGGUCCGUACAACUCUCUUCUCCGAGGCAGGAAUCGUGGACCAGAACCUUGCAUCCACUACUACACCUGACAAGGGCGUGAUAAGGACUACGUCCUUGUAUUGCGAGCCGCAAUACUUUGUACAACAGGUCAAUGCCAGUGUCGUUGCUGUCAACGGCAGUGUUAUCUCGGUCAGUCCAGUCGGGCAGAAAAGCCAGCUCCCUAUGGAGAUGUUUGACAUCAACCUCUUUGAGAGAGCCAUGAGCUCAGGUCUGGACUACAGAGGCCCAGGUGUGAGCUACGACAGCGGGCGAGGAGAUUUUCCUGAAAACGCAUGGCCCGAUCAGAAAACACACUUCGUCAACACAAACCUCGACAUGUCGUAUCUUCCCAAGAUGGUUCCUUUUUCAUUCGCUGCGUUCAAGAAACCCAGUCUUGAAGACUACCUAGACCCUCAGACUCUCGCUGAGUCUUACCAGGCGGCUUAUCGACUUCUGUUUGUUGCACAGAUGGCUCGAGUUCUGAAGUCAGACUUGGGAACUACUGCCACUCAUCACGAUGCACUUGUGCUUGUCCCUGGAUUUACCUAUGCCGUAGAGGCUCUGUUGGUACUUGCUAUAUUGUUCAAUAUGUCUAUCAUCUAUUUCAGCCUCACGAGAACGUGCAACCUUCAGCACGAUCCGACGUCAAUUGCAUCUCACAUGUCUUCUGUAGCGGGCGACUCAGAACUCCUUGCUCUCCUCGGUAAUCUGGACAGUAGUUCUGCUCAAGAACUUCGUAACGCGUUGGUGGGCUCGAAGUUCUCCAUAAGCCCUGACGCAAAGCUCGAACUACAGUCUGUAACUUCGACAGGCUUCAGUGAGGGCGACGACAAAGAAAACACGAAACAUCCAAGAGGAAUUCGAUCCCCUGAGCUCUGCUGGUAUAGUGGUGUUCUGUUUUUGUCUGUGCAGCUUACCUGCAUAGCUGUGUUCGCGUAUCUGUUCCACCAAGCAAAAGUCAACAACGGACUUGCUUUACCUUCCAAGAAUCGAUUUGUACGCCAGCUGCUGCAAAACUAUAUUCCAACUGCCAUCUCGACUACUCUAGAACCUGUCUGGAUUCUUCUUACCCGUCAACUGUGCGUGUUGCAGCCAUUCGAAGAGCUUCGAAAAGGAAAAUCAACCAGCGGAAAAUCAAUCACUCUGGCACAUACAAAUCUUCCUCCUCAACUGGUUGUCUUCAAAGCUCUCAGCACGAGACAUUUCAUGCUGGGCGGAACCACCAAGGAUGAAUUUUAUAUUGCAAUGUCUAAUGCGAUAGCUUCUUCCAAGCUCCCAUCUUGGACUGAUCCUCACAGGUUCUAUCUUCCGGUGGUAUUGCCAGAAAACACUCAGACUAGAACCAACUAUACAGUCUCGACAAGCUACUUCGGAGCAAGCCUCGGAUGCCAGGAACUUUCUAGCUGGAAGACCAAAGACACCAAAGACAAGUCAGAAAGCAGCGAAUCUGGUCUUCUUGAGUUCAGUGUCAAUCAACCAGAUGGGUCAUCCACAAAUUGCUCGAUAGAUUUCUCGAUCGAUGCGCCUGCCUACAUAUCCGGACCCAGCAGUCUUGAAAUCUCUACCGUUGCAGCUUCUUCAGAAACCUGCAAGCAGAAUGUAGUCGCUGGAUGGUGGAGAGGCAAUGCGUCCAACCAAACCAUCGAGGUAACCAGUAAAACCAUGAUGGUUUGUCGUCCCAAGCUCGUCACUGGAUCUGCCGAAAUCACUGUUGAUAGUGAUGGUCAAAUCCUUCGCUCGAAAGUUUUGAGUUAUUCUGAUGGCUCGGCGUCAGAGCACUUUACAACAAGCCCUGGUGAUUUGAUUUUGCAAGCUCAUCAAUUCAUUAUCGAUCACAGCAGUAACUGGCACAACGACAGUUUCUCCUCCGACUGGAAUAACUACCUCAUAGCUGAGACUUUUAUCGGUGACCGCUUUCUAGAUCCAAAUCUACCAGCACCUACCUUUGAUCAAGCAGUCACAAUCUACACCGCAAUGUACAACAAACUGUUUGCCAUCCUACUCGGCAAUAACGCCGACCUCCUCUUUACGACUCCUCGACCCAAUACCCAACCCCUGCCAGCCGUCCGCCAUGAACCCCAAACCCGCAUUUUUCUCUCAUUCCCAGCUUUUGUGAUUGCGCAGAGUAUACUUUGUCUCUACGCUGUAACCACAAUCUUGCUUUACUUGCGUCGUCCUUGGCGUAUCUUGUCGCGUUUACCUACAAGCAUUGCAUCCACAAUUGCAUUCUUUGCUGCCAGCUAUGCUAUCCAAGAUUUUGAAGGUACGAGUUUGAUGAGUGAGAAAGAGAGGGCAGAAUGGUUGGAGUGGCAGGGAUAUAGAUGGGCUUAUGGAAAAUUUGUGGGUAGAGAUGGUAAAGUGCAUGUAGGGAUCGAGAGAGAGCCUUUUGUGGCGUUGUUGGAAGAAGAAAAGAUUCCUAGGGUGAGGGAG